AUGGUCUCUAUUGCCACUACCCAUCACACUUCGGGGCUUACGGCCCCCUCCCUCCCUCCCUCCAAAAUGGCUGCACCUUCAUCUUCCCCGGUAUCUAUUCUGAAAUCCUCCAGCCUUAUCGGCAAGAAACGAAAAAUGGAUGAAGUUGAUCGCAGCCUCUCCCCUCCCUCCUCUAUCGAUGGGAUCUCCGAAACUGCCCCUAUCAGCCGCAAGCGACCCCGCGUUACAUUCAAUGAGAGCAUCCAGACGCGCGAAAUCGCCAUCGAUGAACUUCCACCCACGCCGCCAACGACCAUCAAAAGCCUAGCUGUCAUUCGAGAGGAGGUUCGUGGAGCCAUCUAUCGGCAUGUCACAUCCUCGGACACGGAAGGGUACAACCAGAUCAAGGAAAUAUUUGCUGCCGACCCGAGAAAACCAGAUGAUGCAUAUGAAAUGCCAUCACACUCAACCUUGCGAAAUCAUCUUAUGGCCCUGGUCUCACACAUCUCCUCUUUAGACCGCAACUGCAGCAGCCUUGUGUCUGCCAUUCUCGACAGCGAAUGGGUGGGUCGCGAUGAGGCCUAUGUGAAGCUUUUCAUUCGAUUUCUGGGCAACCUCUGCGCUGCGCAAGGUACAUACCUCGCUCUAGUGCUCAAGAUGUUGACCUCAAAACUCACCGGCGUGCCCCAUGGAACCGGUCGACUGCCUGGCUACCCCAUAGUCCAACCAUCCGAGAUCUACCGACGCGUUCACCUGGCCCUGCGACAUGUGACGCGACUUGUGCCAUCAGCCAGUGGAGCACUGUCGCCGAUUUUGUCUCAGCAAUUCCCUUACGAAACCGACCCUGCCAAGUGUUUUAUCGCCUACACUCGAAAUCUUCUCCAGAUUAUUCCCUACAUCCCUGAGCUUCAGGGCGAUAUUCUCUCUGUCAUCACCGAUAAACUGGUUAAAGUGGACGUUCAGAUCCAGAUCGACCUGGAAGAAUUUGAAGAUCUCAUUGGAGAGGAACUGACCCAUCAAUCUUCCCCUGACCCUGACGAGGAGCUUGAAGACGAUGAUGAUUCAGUGCCCAGUGACGAUGAGGAUGAAGAAAACCAACGCGUCCAGUUGAUCAAAGAAAGCAUUCAUAAAGUUGACGGAAUGAUUGACUUGCUCUUCGACUACUACAAGACACCGUUCGAGACUGGCAGCGAGACUGACAAAGAAAACGCUUUGGACCUCCUCCUGAGCCAUUUCCAGAGCAUUAUCCUCCCGACCUACCACUCCCGACACACUCAGUUUCUCCUUUUCCACUUCUCCCAAUGCUCCCCAGCCCUCGUGGAUCGAUUCGCCUCUGCUUGCAUCCAAUUGAUCUUCAACAAGCUGCAGCCAGGUAUCAUGCGCCAGUCAGCUGCCGCAUACCUGGCAAGUUUCGUGGCCCGUGGUGCCCACAUUGCCAGUGAUGUCGUUCGUGAUGUUUUCGACCUGCUGCUCAUGCACCUGAACACCAUGCGCCGGGAUUAUGAGAAUGGCUGCCGCGGCCCUGACCUUCGUCGCUACGCUCCAUUCUACUCAACCGCGCAGGCUAUCCUCUAUAUCUUCUGCUUCCGCUGGCGUGACCUGACCAAUGCAUCCAUUGAAGGAGACAGCAUUGAGCAGAUCGAGGAACUGGAACCGAGCCAGAUCACGUUCCCGCCGAAUGUCAAGGAAUUCCUGCACAAGGCGAUCUACUCGCGACUGAACCCUCUGAAGAUUUGCUCUCCUGGUAUUGUCACGGAGUUUGCACGUAUCGCCCACCACUUCCAAUUGCUCUAUGUAUAUUCCCUUAUCGAAACCAACAAGCGUCUUCGAAUUACUGGCUUCCGAAGCAUAUCUUCCAUCUCCAGCCGCGACGUUCAUGCAGGUGACCAUCUUGGCUACCAGCUUGAUGCAUAUUUCCCUUUUGAUCCUUAUCAACUGCCUCGCAGCCGACGUUGGCUGGAAGGUGAUUACGUUGAGUGGCGAGGUGUCCCAGGACUGGACGAUAGCAAUGACUCCGACAGCGGUGCCGAUGACGAUGAUGACGACAAUGAGGACGGUACAGCCACCGACGAUGAAUGA